ACAGAGCUGUGCCCCGCCCUUUGACUCACCUCGCUCAGUUACAUUUUUUAUGCUCCUGGUUUGUUUAUGACGCGAUCCAGUGGCUCCGUUAGCUUCUCUGCUUACUGUAGCCAGUGUAUUCUGUUGUAAAACUGCGCUUAUCAAUGCAUGCUCCCAUUGGAGAAAGUGUCUAGUGAAGGAGUUAAAUAGAAAAGACGACAGAAAGCUAGUUAGCAAUAGGCGUUGGUCAGUUCUCACAUCCACUAUAUAUUUGUUAGCCUAGCAUUUUGCUAGCUUAUAACGUUAUGACGUGACGGUGGACAUAAAAGUGGGCUCAGCCUGAUUCUGUUACUAACUUGUAUCUUGAAAAGGCAGAGAUUCGAGAGACGAGCGCAUGUGUGAACCAAUUCAGCUCGUAGGUUCGGCUUUUAGACAGCUGCCUGGGGUCUAACUUUGAAAAGCUAGCGAGGAGAAUUCAUGUUAGCAUGGCGUCAGAUACAAGUGACACCGAAGAGUUCUAUGAUGCUCCUGAGGACGUUAACUUUACUCCAUCUCCAAAAGUGUCACCUGCAAAGUUUGUCAUUCCUUCACCUCAGCUUUCACAGAGGAAAGUAAACGCUGCACCAGAUGUUAGCUGUGGAGCAGCCGCUUCUGAGAAUCAGCAAGAUGAUCCCCUACAGAUCAUUGAUAGCAUCAUUGAAGAGAGCCAAAAGGGAAGUGCCGAGGACGUUGGUGAGGUGGCACAGCUUUUAGAUCAACUAAAUGUUGAUGUAAGAGCAGAACCGCAGUCAAAGGAAGACAAUGCUGCUCAGGAAGUUCCUGUAGAGCUACCACCACCACCACCAGCACCAGCAGCAGCAGCAGCAGCUGAAGUACCUCUGCUUGUUCAGGGGCCGGAGGAACAACAGGAAAGUGCAGCAACAAAUGGAGCAUGCUCAAUACCUGCUCCAGAACCUUCAGAUUUCCCAGGACCAUCAGUUGGGUCACAAGAGGGCAUUCAGCCCCCAGACAUUACCAGCACCGUAGGACAGAGUCAGCCUGGCGGUGCUGGCAUGGCUGCAAGUGGAGGGCAGGAGCAGAGACCUGCAGAUAUCUUAGACCAGGUUCCAUUCACAGACGGAGGAGCUGACUCAGACUCUGGGCCUUGUAAACCCCCAAGGCAAUUCACAGUAGAACCCGACAUUGUAGCCAGCACCAAGAAGCCUCCCCCUUCUCGCCCACCACCUCCCAGCGGAGGUCCUCCCCCGAGACCGCCUCCUCCAUCUUGGCAGAGUCUACCAUCCAGGAAGUCUCAAGACUGUCUGAGGCCAAGUGGACUGGAAGUGAUGUGUGCAGUCAGUGGGGACGUUCUGGAGCCCUCUGGUCUGGUGUCUCCCAGCAGCACAGUGAGGAGUCUAACCAAAGAGCUGCAGCAUUCCUUGGAUCUAGCCAGUGCCACUAGUGGGGACAAGGUGGUGACAGCACAGGAAAAUGAAGAUGAAGAGUCUUCAUCACAGAGUGGAGAACACACACCUGGCCCUCAGCGUCCACGCUCCAACUCUGGCAGAGAACUGACAGAUGAAGAAAUCCUGGCCAGUGUGAUGAUUAAGAAUCUGGACACUGGGGAAGAGAUCCCUCUAAUCCAGGCAGAGGAGAAACUUCCUGCUGGGAUCAACCCCCUCACUCUGCACAUCAUGAGGAGGACCAAGGAGUACAUCACGAACGAUGCAGCACAGUCAGAUGACGAUGACAAGUCUCAGGCUCCUCUGGCAGACACUGACGGAGGAAAACUAAAACAGAAAACGACCCAGUUUAAGAAGUUCUUGGGCAAGUCGGUGAAGAAGGCCAAGCAUCUCGCUGAGGAGUACGGAGAGAAAGCUGUCAACAAAGUGAAAAGUGUGAGAGAUGAAGUGUUCCACACAGAUCCGGAUGAUCCGUCGUCGAGUGACGAUGAGGGCAUGCCUUACACCCGACCUGCCAAAUUCAAGGCAGCACACAGCUUCAAGGGUCCCUUUGACUUUGAUCAGAUAAAGGUCGUGCAGGACUUGAGUGGAGAGCACAUGGGUGCCGUUUGGACCAUGAAGUUCUCUCACUGCGGGAGGCUGCUGGCAACUGCAGGUCAAGAUAACGUAGUCCGCAUCUGGGUCCUGAAGACCGCCUUCGAUUACUUCAAUAACAUGAGAUUAAAGUACAACACUGAAGGUCGAGUUUCACCUUCUCCCUCUCAGGAAAGUUUAUGCUCCUCUAAAUCUGACAAUGACCCCGGGGCAAGCUGUGUUCCAGAGGAUCCAGAGACUGAAGAUAGAAAUGCCCCUUUCCGCCAAAUUCCUUUCUGCAAGUAUAAAGGCCAUACAGCUGAUCUGCUGGACCUGUCCUGGUCAAAGAACUUCUUCCUCCUCUCCUCCUCCAUGGAUAAAACGGUCAGGUUGUGGCACAUAUCCAGGAGAGAGUGUCUGUGUUGCUUUCAGCACAUCGAUUUUGUCACAGCCAUUGCCUUCCAUCCCAGAGAUGACAGAUACUUCUUGAGCGGCUCUCUGGACGGAAAGCUCCGGCUCUGGAACAUUCCUGACAAGAAGGUGGCUCUGUGGAACGAGGUGGACGGCCAGACACGUCUCAUCACUGCAGCUAAUUUCUGUCAAAACGGGAAGUACGCUGUUAUUGGAACCUAUGAUGGCCGAUGCAUCUUUUAUGACACAGAGCGUCUGAAGUACCACACUCAAAUCCAUGUGAGGUCCACCAGAGGCAGGAAUAAAGUUGGCCGCAAAAUCACCGGCAUCGAGCCUCUUCCUGGAGAAAAUAAAAUUUUGGUGACCUCAAAUGAUUCCCGUAUUCGCCUUUAUGACCUGAGGGACUUGUCAUUAUCCAUGAAAUAUAAAGGUUACGUCAACAGCAGCAGCCAGAUCAAAGCAAGCUUCAGUCAUGACUACUCCUUCAUAGUCAGUGGCUCUGAGGAUAAGUACGUGUACAUCUGGAGCACUUACCACGACCUCAGCAAAUUCACUUCUGUACGACGGGACCGCAAUGACUUCUGGGAAGGGAUUAAAGCACACAAUGCAGUGGUCACCUCAGCCAUCUUUGCACCCCACCCUGGCCUUAUUGUUCCACAAGAAACUGGAGCAGAUAAACCAGAAGCAGAGUGUAAGAGCCUGGACUCCACAGACUCUGAAACCAUACCCUCAGGAGCCCUCAAGACAGAUCACACAGAGGUUCUGCUUUCGGCUGACUUCACCGGAGCCAUCAAGGUUUUCAUCAAUGUAAAGAAGUACUGAGCACUUCAGAGGUUGACAGCCGCUCACAUUCAGGCCUGUGUGUUGGAUAUCAGUCCAAGAUGAAGAGGCCAGUCAUUGUCACCCUACUGCUUAAUGGUUAUCGCUCGGGGACAAAAAGCUGUGUGUAGCUUUUUCGGGAAAACAGGGACCCUGAAGAUGAGAGAACGGGUUGGAAGUAAUAGACUGUAACAAAAAAAAUGACUGACAAGGUUUGAUUCCCUGUCACAUUUCUAUUUUUUAUUUUUAAUACCAAGCAACUGUGAAUAGUUUGGCAUAAAGAAAAAAAGAGCCAUAUAUGCCUCGUGUGAGGUGUUGAGCAGAGACUGAAUCUGUUCUGGUAUGUGUGAAUAACAGUUACAGGACUGAGUUAGGCUAAAAGCUAUUUGUAACAGUACAGGCACCUUACUGGUCUCUUCUGCUCCGACAUUUUAACGAUUAAGGGGACUCCUGAAAUCAAAAACACUGUCCUUAUGUCAGUCACACAUUUCAAUGUGAGAGAAGUGUAACCAUUUGUCUUGAAGCAAUGUGGUUUAAAUUGUUAUUUACAAAUAAUGUGUGCCUACAACAUCUCGGUAGAUUGCUUUUCCAAACACAACUUCUCAAGCUCUCUAAACUCAAACAAACAUUUGGGUGGAUGAAAGCAAAUCUGUGGUACAGGAAGUCUGUAUACGGUUACUAAUGAUCAGGGCUGGGUAUCUUUGAAGCUUUUUCAGAACCAAUACUGGCGCUUAAGUACUUUUGAUAUUUUGGGUUUAAUGAAAGCACAUUUCAUUCUUUAAAAUAGUACUGUAAAUGUAGUGUGUAACAUUGCAUACUUACUGCUUUUGUAAACAGAAACCAAAUGAUGCACUAUUCAUUUCCUCAAUAAAAAUCCACACAAACUGGAAGAAGACCUGUGAAUAACCUUUUUCAACUUAAAAAAAACAAUCCAAUCAAUGCCUACAAUUCAGCAGAGGAAGUCAAAAUAUCUCGAUACCUGGCCCUACUAACAAUCACCACGCACACAAUCAUCACAGAGUGAUUUAUUCAGUGUCAGACUUGCAGGUUGUCAUUUUUUAACAAACAUAAAAACAAAAAUAUACAUAUUCUUUACGGUGUUCAAACUUCUUCAUAUAAAAAAAAGUGCUCAAUCUUGUACUGAUGGUGAGAGUGGGGACCAAGAGAACAGAUGUGUCGGUCUGUUAAAAGAGGAAGCCAGCCUUAAUGGAGGACAAAGUCCAGAGCUCAGAGUCAAUGUUUGCUCUUUUUUGCCUUCUUGUGGGAGUGAUGUGGUGACCGGGACCUGGACUUCCACAGCUUCCUGUCCAGAGAUGGCGAUCGGGAACUUUUGGACUGUUUGGCGGACUUCUUUCUGUGAAAAAAAAAAGGGGAACAAUUGAUAACAGGUAGACUUCAGGAAUAACAACCAGGAUGAAUGCUUUGAUACUGAUCCGGCAAUCACUUGCUUUAAAGGAGAACUGCUCCUCGAUUGUCGGGUCUGGUCAACGAGAUCUCUACUCUGCCCUCUUCUUCUGUCCCCGUCUUCUCUUUUUUUGCGCCUUUCUUUGUGUCUUCUGUCAUCUUUUGAGCUGUCUUUGGAUUUUGAUCUCAGUCUCCCAUUCUUUUCUUGAUCUUUUUCAAACUCCUGUAUGAGACAGGGUAACACAUCCCAGUUACGUCUGAUACAAGUUUCUUAGAUUUUAACACCUCCCUGAAGGUUGCCUGAAACUUUCAAACCUACUGAUCUACACUUAACAGGCUGCAGGUUUUUCCACAAGGGGGAGCUGUCAGUGACACACAGACACUCACACAUACACUGUAGUUAAAAAAAAAAACUGUAGCUAGAUGUUCCUCUCCUG